UCCAGAGGAGGAUCUCAUCCCCGCCCGAGCUUCUUCUGCCACCUCGACACCACACGACCCCGCUGCCAUCAGAGACACUGAUGAGCCGCCGCCGUCUCCCAAGUCGCCUGCCGACCUCCGCCUCCUCUCCUUAUUCUCCCAUCUCUCUUCUCUCGUAUCUGACCUUUCUCCCCGGUGCAGCUUCCACCUCCCUGCAGAUCCACACUUUGUCGGGCGGAGGGAGCGGGGCAGAGCCUCCAGCAUCGCUGGGAGCAAUGGCCCAUGCCCGGCGGCACUGAGGUGGCACAUCACAAUAUGAAGCACCGCUCCCGAUCCAUAGGAGACUUGGGUCAAAGGCAAGCCCACGGAAGUCAGCUCCAAUCCAGUCUUCUAAGCAGGGGUGUGGGAACUGAUGCCUGCUCAAGGUGCUAUCAGUUUUUUUUCUCUGACCAUGAAAAAGGGGAUUUGAAAAUAAAGCUUCCAUGGCAUGCAGAAACAGAGCAUGUGGUUGGAUCAACAAUAGAACAAACUACGGGGAUCAGGGAGGAGAGCAGCAGCCUACUGCUUCUUGGUUACUGCUCCCUCUGUUGAUCAGGGAGUACUACACAUCUAUACAGAGAACACAAAGAACAGAAGGCUGAUGCAGUGAUGCUUGCUGCUUUCAAGGGGAUACAUACCUCUGUUGUGGCAGCAACCCUCUGCUUCUGCUGCCCGUUGCCGCUGCUGCCUCCCGCUUCUGCCCUCUGCUGCUGCUGCC